AUGGCCAAUUUAAGUUUUUCUAUGCUUGUUUUCGUCAUUGCCUCCAUCUAUCCCGCAUUUAGCUUCUGUAAAACCACAUCAUCUUCAUCUAUUGCUUCAGAACAACUGAAGUAUUGGUAUGAAAAUGUACAAAACAACAUGCCUGGAGCUCUUCUGUCCAAAUUAUCUCCCCUCAAUAAAGAUGAUAGUGAGUUUUUCACUUCAUCAGCAUCCAAACAAUCAUUUUCAUCUAAUGCCAAGUUUUGCAGUCUUGCAAAUCUGGCUUGUUAUGCAGAGAUGAAUAGCAUCAAGCCCUUAGGUAAUGGUUAUGGCUAUAAUAAUAAUAAAGCAUCUCCAGGACUUGAAAAUGUUGACCCUUUUUCCUUUUUUAGAAUCUCCAUUUUUAAACAGGGAAAUAGAGUGCAUCUCUCAAAUUUGGAGGACCAGUUUCCUCAACGAUCAUUUCUUCCUUCUCAAAUCGCUUCCAAAAUUUCUCUAGAUGAAAGUAAUCUUGAGAAAGUAUUUCCUCAAUCUUUUGUGAACCCCAACACGAAAGGUAAUAUUGAAACUACACUUCUUUAUUGUAACUCUGCAGCUUUAAAAGGAGAGAUAAAAAGCUGUUCUACAUCCCUCGAGAGCAUGAUUGAAUUCUCAAAGGCUACAUUAGGUAGCAAGGGCUUGGUUGCAUUGACUACUAAAAGUACAGAGGGUUCAGGAAAAGAACUUAUUAUUCAAAAGAUUAAAAAGCUUAAUGUAAAAAAAAUUGUGUCAUGUCACGAGGUAUUCCUCCCUUUUUCAACUUACUUUUGCCAUAUGCUCUCCUCGACUGAAAUCUAUGCAGUGGAUGUAGUUGAACCUAAAACAAAAGCUCCAGUCAAUACAAUCUUAGCAAUAUGCCAUAUGGAUACCUCUGCAUGGCCAUCAUAUCAUGCAGCAUUCAAGAUACUCAAGCUCUCCCCGGGAAAAGGUGAAGCAUGCCACUGGAUGACACAAAUUGAUCUUCUUUGGAUUAGUGCUGAGGAAAAUGUGUAG